AUGCAUGCUAAUCGAAUGAUUAAGCCACCCAAUCAGAUACUUGAAUAUCUUAGAUUAGCUGGAUUUUAUGGUGUUGCGAGGGUAGGGCAAUUUGAUUACGACCGGAGUUUGGUCUCAGCCCUUGUUGAGAGGUGGCGUCCUGAGACUCACACAUUUCAUACUACACGUGGAGAGUGCACGAUAACAUUAGAGGAUGUUGCUAUACAGUUAGGCCUUCUUUGUGUAGGAAUGCCUGUCAUUGGGAAAACUGACUUUAAUUGGCAAGAUGUUUGUGAAUGGCUUCUAGGGGUUAGACCACCUGCAGAUAGAAUACUUGGACAACGACUACUUAUGAAUUGGUUGGAAGAGCACUUUAAUCACUUACCUGAUGAUGCAGACGAUGUACAAGUUCAACAAUUUACUCGUGCAUAUAUUCUCAGGUUGAUUGGAGGAUAUCUCAUGCCAGAUAGAUCGUGUACUAGGGUGUAUUUGAUUUACCUUCCACUACUUUAUAAUCUGAAAGAAGUUGGAAAUUUUAGUUGGGGUUCAGCAGUUUUAGCUCACCUAUAUAGAGAAUUAUGUAAUGCUACUAAUCCAACUGAAGAUGGGAUUGGAGGGUGCUUAUCAUUAUUACAUUUAUGGGCAUGGGAUCGUUUUCCUACGCUAGCACCACAACAACCUGUAUCUCCAGAUCCACAGUCUAAUAUCUACCCUCUCUUACCUCUUUUGGGUUUCAGAUGGAAAAAUGUAAGACAAAAUCCUCGUCCAAGUGUCACAUCCUUACGCCAAUAUAGGAGUCUUCUUGAUAGAAUGACUGAUGAUGACAUAAUUUGGCAGCCAUAUGAAUCUUCUGAAGUGCGCCAAUUGAUUCCAGAAUACUGCUUGGCAACACUGAAAUUUGGCUUGCUUCAGUUCCUCUAA